AUGGCUUUGAAUGACAUCGAAAGUGAAGGUUUCUACCGCUUAUUUAGAUAUCGUUUUGGAGGAUGUCGAGCGUUGAAAAUAAGACCAACAGACAAACAAUCACUCCUUGAAUACGUUUCUGCACGUUAUCCAGCCAGCGAACUGGGCGCGAUCCUCGAACCAUUGAUUGCAAUGAUAUCUGCAACAGUGACCACAAGAUAUACUCUUUAUCAUGAGCAAGGACGAAUAAACCCAAGUAACAAACCCAUGAGCUACACCAUCAAUUCGGGAAGUCUUGGUGUAGUUUUGGAUCCGUAUGCAUUAUCAUUACUCGCAUCGUGUAUCCUUUUAGGUUACUCGAUUUCUUCGUUCACGCAUCGACGCCAGGGGCACGAUAGAUGCCAGUCGUUUAUUCUUGUAUCCGCCAUUCUGAUGGCCACCACCAUAGGUUUUGGAUUAGGAAUAGAUUCCAAUCUCAUCAUGCUAGGAUUUAUCCCUUGGGCCCUGAUCCUGGCAAUGGUUCUCAGUGUCUUCAUUCAUUGGACCGCUAGACGUCAUCGUAGACCUCGAGACUGCCCUGGAGUGUUCUUGCUUGAAAAAAUUGGAAAACCCAUAAUGCCUCCAAGACUCGAAGAGACCCACGGCUGCUAA